AUGGAACUGAAAAAGAAAAAAAAGUAUCAUUUUUGUUUUGGAAGCUUCUAUGGAAGUCUAAACUUUGUUGUUCUAGAAGGUUCUGAGGAUAUUUAUGUGCAGAUUCAGGCGCAGCAUCGGAGUCCAGUGACGAGAGGAAUUGGUGUGGCAGCAGCCACAGCUACUGGUGGCACUGCCACCACAGCUGUUCCAGGUGGUGUUGCAAACCAGUUCAAGCCUACGUCUCUGUACAUAGGAGACUUGAACAUCAACGUGACAGAUACACAACUGUACCAGCUGUUUAACCAAGCGGGUCAGGUUAUAUCGGUUAGGAUUUGUAGGGACUUUAGCACUCGGAGAUCCCUUGGCUAUGGCUUCGUCAACUACAGCAACCCUCAGGAUGCUGCAAGGGCAAUGGAGAUGUUAGAUUUCACUCCUGUUAAUGGAAAGUCCAUUAGGGUGAAGCGCUCUCAUAGGGAUCCUAAUUCUCCUAAGAAUAGAACAGCUAAUCUAUUUAUCAGGAAUUUGGACAAGUCAAUCGACAUCGAAGCUUUACAUGACACCUUUUCAAGCUUUGGCCACAUUCCUUCUUGCAAGAUAGUUACUGAUUCUAAUGGCCAGUCGAAGGGUUAUGGUUUUGUACAAUUUGACAAUGAUGAAUCCGCUCAAAGUGCCAUAGAUAAGUUAAAUGGUAUGCUCAUCAAUGGUAAGCAAGUGUAUGUUGCACAUGCUCUUUGCAAAGAGAAGGGUGGCAGAGGCACAAGCUGGGGAAGGUCAAUGGAGUGGUGAACGUCCUCCAGUGCGCAGGCAAUAGUAAUUUGUGGUGGUUGCCCACUAGGCUAAAAGCUAUGGGGAAGGACCAAUCUUGAAACCCUUGGUUGAUAAAUUUGCCUUCGCCUCAUUUUGGUAUGUUCAUCUUUCCUUUUUGUCUAUU